AUGGUAGCCGAUGCCAUAAUAAAGAUGAGUGAAGUUACCAGAUACAUUGGAGAACUAGCUGUAGAAGCAAAGGUCAUCGAGCACCACAUCAAUCCGGUUUCUAAGUGUGGGAAGAAGAUGUUGUGGAUGAUUAGUGAAAUUGUUGAGCUUAAUAGAAGAGCUAGGCCGAAAGUGAGUAAGAAGAUGGACGACAAAUUGGACCGUCUCGAGCAAGAGCAGAAAGAUAUGCAGGCAGAAAUGAGAAGUAAAUUUGAAAAGAUUGAGGCCAAUAUUGCCAGUUCACAACUGAAUAUGCUGCAGAAAUUAGAGGACCUAUUCAAGAAACAUGCUGAAAAGAGUCAUGCUGGAAAUCCCACCUCCUCUAACCAAGAUUCCAUACCCCCUCCAGGGAUCACAACAGAAUCUGGUCCUCCUCUUGGUUUCACACCUAUACACAUCUCUGCUCGUUCUUCGAUACCUCAAGAAGCUCGAUCUCAUGCAUAUGUCAGCAAUGAGAAUCAACAACAACAAAUAGGAUCCACAUUCCCAAAUAGCUAUCAGUCUGUUCCAGGAGUAAGGCUAGGAGAAUUUAGUACUGAGCACCUAAUCCCAGAUCUAAAUGAGUUAGCCGAAAAGGAGAAAGCCAAUGAAGAAAUAACUCAUCAGUUGAAGAAUUUGGAAGAAAGGGUAAAAUCGGUAGAAGUGGUUGAAUCAUUCUAUGGGUUUGACGCUAGAGAGCUGAAUUUGGUCCCAGACUUGAUCAUCCCUAUGAAGUUCAAGGUUCCCGAAUUUGAAAAAUACGAUGGUACCACAUGCCCUUCAUCUCAUAUCACCAUGUUUUGCCGAAGGAUGGCCGGCCAUGUGCAAGACGAAAAGCUACUGAUUCACUGUUUUCAAGACAGUCUGAAAGGAUCUGCCGCCAAAUGGUACAACCAAUUAACUAGGGCUCACAUUAAAUCAUGGAGAGACUUGGCAAAGAGGUGGCGUGACGUAGCCGCACAGGUCCAACCCCCUUUACUUGAAAAAGAAGCUACUGUAAUUUUUAUCAACACCUUGAAGGCUCCGUACUUAGGGCAUUUACUUGGAAAUGCCACCAAAAACUUUGCUGAUCUAGUUAUCUCAGGGGAGCUCAUCGAGAACGCUAUAAAGAGUGGCAAGAUCGAGGCAGUUGAUGGGUCCAGUUCAAAAAAACUAGUAUACCGGAAAAAAGAAAACGAAGUUAAUAAUGCAAAUGUAUACAACAAGAAUACUUCAAAAAGUGUCACAAUAACCCAACCAAUGGAUGAAAGGAAUGACACGAGCACCGCCAGAAAUGAUUCCAAGGGACCUCGCAAGGAGAAUGAGAGAAUGUCCUUCACACCACUACCAGUACCCUACUCUGAGAUAUACGCCUUGUUAUUAAAGGCGGAUGUGGUGCGCCCUUAUCGUUUGACUCCUCUGCAACCACCGUACCCUCAUUGGUAUGACGUAAAUGCACAUUGUGAUUACCACGAUGGAAUUACUGGUCACUCUAUUGAGAACUGUUUGGCCUUCAAAAAAGUUGUGCAAAAUCUGAUUAAUAAUGGGGGAUUGCAAUUUGAUUCACCUGAUGUAUCGACACACCCACUACCGAAUCAUGGAGGUAAAGGUGUGAACGCAGUCCAUGAGGAGAAUAGGAAAAAAACGAAGACAGAUGUUGAUGAAAUCAAAUCUCCCUUCAUUUGGGUUUUCCAACAACUUUAUCAUGUCGGCAUGGUUCAACAAGAUCCUAAACCAAAGCCCAAUGAAUGUGAAAAUUAUUGUGAAUAUCACCAAGAAGAAGGACAUAAAAUUCAACUUUGCCCUAAAUUUAGGGGGUUACUACAAAAGUUGAUGGACAACAAGGAAAUAGAAUUCUUUGAGAAAGAUGAGGAAAAAAGAGGAGAAGAUGUCUGCACAACCGAAAAUUCCAAGCCAAUGCAUAAAACAAAUAAGCAUGUGGUCAUCACUGUGAGACCAUCUGCGAUGAAUUCCACGUCAGUGAAGCCAAAAGUUGUUAUCACGGCCCCUUCACCAUUUCCGUUUAAAGAUACCCACAAGGUACCUUGGAACUACACUGCCAAUGUUUCAAUGAUAAGGGGAUCUGGUUCGCUAGAGGAAACAAAAGUAGCUGAAGAAAAUGAUAAAACACCAGGAAGCAGCUUGAAGAAUGAAAUAGUGAGUGAAGUAGGGCACUUUACAAAAAGUGGAAGGUGUUACUCUCCUGAAACAUCAAAAGAAGCAAACAAGGGGAAAUUAAAAGGAAAAGCUGCAGUGGUACCGCAAAGGAUAUUUAAUGAUGAGCCCCUACCACUAAUCAAUGAGUCGGUAACUGAAGCACAAGCACAAGAAUUCUUGAAAUUCUUAAAACAUAGUGAGUAUAGUGUAGUAGAGCAGCUACAUAAGCAACAAGCACGAAUUUCAAUUCUGGAUCUGUUAAUGAAUUCAGAAGUACAUCGGAAUGCUCUACUUAGAGUGCUCAAUCAAACAUUUGUGCAUGAGGAUAUAACAGUGAACAAGUUGGAUCGAAUUGUGGGGCAUAUAGCUGCAGACAAUUAUAUAACAUUCACUGAUGGUGGAAUGAGAUCGUGCACUAAGAUGACUGUGCGAGAGACUCUAGAAAAAAGAGCUAAAAUUGGAAAGGGUCUCGAUAGAUGCUUGCAGGGGACUUUACAUCCCAAAUUUGUUAUGAUAAAGAGCGACCGCUUUGGGCUUGGGUUUGAGCCUGAUUCUCAGCAAAGAAAGAAAGAAUUAAAGAGGAGAUGUGAAGUAAGAAGAGCUAGACUGAAAAGAGAGGACAUUCCGUGGGAUCGUAUGUUUUUCCCUCCCUUAAAGAGCUCAUUCAAGUUUGGAGGAGUGAACGAUAUGGAGCAAUAG